AUGGCAUCGCUCUCUAUACUAACUCAAGGCGAAGGCUCAAUCUGCAUUAUCGCUUGGACAGCUGUUCCAACAGGGGCGGUGUAUGUAACCGGGAGCAUUCUACAAAAUGCAGUCGCCAUGAAACGUCCAGACUACGAACCUCAAGGCUGGCAUGUAACUUUGAUUAUGUGGGGGAUUCUGCUGAUCUGCGCGAUCCUGAACACCUGGCUAGGGAUGAUUCUGCCCGUGCUAGAGGUGUUCAUAGGCAUCGUCCACGUGCUUGGCUUUUUCGCGGUUCUCAUACCCAUCGUCUAUCUAGGUCCCAAGGCUGACGCCAGGUCAGUAUUUGUUCAGUCGUUCAAUGUCGGCGGCUGGCGUGACAUCACAUUGGCCACGUUCGUGGGCUUGAAGGGAAUCGUUGGUGCUUUUUUAGGCACAGAUGGCGUGGUUCAUAUGGCCGAGGAGGUUGCGAGUAGUACCAUGGUAGUUCCGCACUCGAUGCUGUUCGCCAUCGCCAUUAACGGAGUCCUUGGCUUCGCGAUGCUGAUCGCCUUCCUGUUCACGGCGGGCGAUCUGUCCGCCGUUCUCAAAUCGGACGCUCCGUAUUCCUUCAUGCAGAUCCUCGAAAGUGCCACCCAGAGCACGGGGGCUGCCAUUGUGUUCUCGAGCAUGAUCGCGAUCAUGCAGGCCUGCUGCGGACUCGGUGGGAUUUCUUCGGGGAGCCGCAUGCUGUGGGCCUUCUCGAGAGAACAGGCCCUUCCAGGCUGGCGGUGGAUUCUUCAGCUCGACAAGCGAACCUCAGUGCCUUUCCACAGCAUUUGCGUCAUCGUCAUGGCAGCCGGCCUCAUCGGCCUCAUCAACAUCGGCUCGUCGGUAGUGCUGAACAUCGUCCUCUCCCUGCUCAUGGAGGCGUUCUUCUUCUCCUACGUCAUCCCCCUAUCCCUGCUCCUGUAUCGCCGAGUCAAAGGACACAUCUCCGAGCCGCAGCAGGGUGGGGGGGAUAAUAAAGGCUUCGUCUGGGGUCCUUUCCGGGUGAGAGGGUGGCUAGGCAUAGUGAACAACAUCUUCGCGCUGGUCUUCUCGGGCAUCAUAGUCGUCUUUGGAUUCUGGCCCGCGAGUAGCCAUCCGACUCCAUCCCACAUGAACUACAGCGUAGCGAUCUUUGGCGGGGUGUUGAUCCUGGCGGUGGGGUAUUAUCUGGGAUGGGGGAGGAAGCAUUAUAUGGGACCCUUGGCCGAGGUUGAAGUUACGGCGGCAUCCGUGGAAGAAAGAAGGGGCGAAAGGGGUUUGUGA